AUGCCUACAGUCAUCAUCAAGCCUGGUGCUACUGUCUUCGUGACGGGUGUCAAUGGGCUUAUUGGAAGCCAUAUUGUCGAUCAGCUGUUAAAGCGAGGAUAUAAUGUUCGCGGUGCGGUCAGACAAGUCCAGAAGCACGGAUAUUUGAUCGAGUACUUCAACGAUAAGUACAAAGAAGCAAAGUUCGAGCUGGUUGAUGUGCCGGAUAUGACAGCCGAGGGAUGCUACGACAAGGUCGUCGAUUGUAUCGAAGGAUUCAUCCACGUCGCAUCACCCAUCGGAGGCAUCUCAGACGUCCACGAAGCGAUUGCGCUUGCCACUAACGCAGGCCUGAAUGCACUCAAGGCUUGCGCAAAGGUCCCUUCGUGCAAAAGCUUCGUCUUUACAUCAUCUUCCCUUGCUGCAACGUUUCCUCGCCCCAACGUUGAGUUUUCGAUCGACGAAAAUACCUACAACGACGAAGCAUUGAGGAUCUUGGAGAAAGAACCGGGCAAACCGGGAUUGUUCGUCUACGCAGCCAUGAAGACGGAAACUGAGAAGGCGAUAAUGAGAUGGAUGGAAGAGAAUCAACCCGAUUUCGUACUCAACCGCGUCUUGCCAAACGCAAACUUCGGCGCUGUCUUGAUGCCUGAGCACCAAGGCUUUCCUUCAACCAUCGAAUGGGCCCACGAUGCUUGGAAAGGCAUACAGUCAGAGAGAUGGACAACUUCCGUUGGACCACAGUGGUACAUUCAUCCUGUCGACGAUGCGCUGUUACACAUCUCCGCAUUGAUCCAUAGCGAUGUGAAGACGGAGCGUCUCUUCGGUUUCGCAGAGCCGUGGAGCUACAACAAGAUGAUGGACAUAUGGCGUAAGCUUUAUCCCGAAAGAGAAUUCCCGGAUAAUAUCGAGGGCAUGGGUGUUGAUCGAAUGAGCUUGCCAAACGCCAGGGCUGAGGAGGUAAUGAGCUGGUUGAAAGGACCGGGAUCGAGAUGGGAUAGCCUUGAGGAGGGAUUGCGGGAUAUGACUGAGAACUGGGAUUGA